AUGCUUCAAGCUCGAAACGGUCGUUCCUUUACGAGAGUGCGGCGACGACGGAGACGAUUGGCAGAUCCCAAGGAUGUGCUUGUGUCUGGACCUGGACAUGGGCCGGAAUGUGACCCUUUGCCGCUUCUCGAGAAGGAGAUCUCGCAGUGCCGUGUUGCGACUGUCCCUGGACUGAAGCUGCCACCACUUACUGGAGGGGCAAUUGGAUACGUUGGAUACGACUGCGUUAGAUAUUUCGAGCCUAAGACUGCUCGCCCCAUGAAGGAUAUACUAUGCAUACCUGAGUCGCUAUUCAUGUUGUUCGACACCAUCGUUGCAUUCGACCACUUCUUCCAGGUUAUCAAGGUGAUAACGUAUCUCCGGGUACCAGAUGGAGAUGCUGACAUAGAAAAACUCUACCGGGAAGCCGAGUUGGUACUCCAGAAGAUGAUUCAAAAGCUUCUAGAUCCCAAGGUGCCGAUGCCUCCACAGCCUCCUAUCAAGCCUGACCAGGUAUAUACAUCGAACAUUGGCCAGACAGGAUAUGAAGGCCAUGUUCACCGGCUAAAGGAGCACAUCGGGAAAGGCGACAUUUUCCAGACUGUGCCAUCCCAACGGCUUGCACGGCCUACCACUCUCCAUCCAUUUAACCUGUUCAGACACCUGAGAUCCGUGAACCCUUCCCCUUACCUAUUUUACAUCGACUGCGCCGACUUCCAGAUCGUUGGUGCCAGUCCUGAGCUCUUGGUCAAGAAGGAAGCAGACAGAAUCAUCACCCACCCCAUUGCCGGUACUGUUCCAAGAGGCAAAACCCCCGAGGAGGACGAGAAGCUUGCCGAAGAGCUCCGCAACAGUCUAAAGGACCGUGCCGAACACGUCAUGCUAGUUGACCUGGCCAGAAACGACGUCAACCGCGUCUGUGACCCAGCAACCACCCAGGUCGACCGGCUGAUGGUUGUUGAGAAGUUCUCUCAUGUCCAGCAUUUGGUCUCCCAAGUCUCUGGUGUCCUGCGGCCAGAGAAGACAAGGUUCGAUGCAUUCCGAUCUAUUUUCCCUGCCGGGACGGUCAGUGGUGCACCCAAGGUACGGGCCAUGCAAUUGAUUGCUGAGCUGGAAGGUGAGAAGCGUGGUGUCUAUGCUGGCGCUGUUGGGUACUUUGGAUAUAACUGCAGCAGCUUGGAUGGAAAGGAGAUCAUCGACGGCGCCAUGGACACCUGCAUUGCGUUGCGGACGAUGGUGCUUAAAGACAACGUUGCCUACCUCCAGGCCGGCGGUGGCAUUGUCUUUGACUCUGAUCCGUACGAUGAUAAACUAGAUCUCACAUAUACACUUCUCUAUCUACUUCUCUUCAUCAUCCGUCUUCUUCCAUCUUCUUCUUCUCUAUCUACUUCAUCAUUCAUCUUCUCCAUCUACUAUGCUGAUAUCCUAUUGAUCCCUACUCCGUAUCUAUAUAUCUCUCUAUCGGCGCUGUGGCUGGGCAACUUAGUCAUCACCCCCACUUCACUUACUCAGCCACUUUUCUUCUGCGUCCGCGACGUCAACACUCAAAACUUCAACAUUCACCGAAGUCGAGAUUUCCCCCCCGGCAUCUUCAUAAACGAAUAUCUUCUUGUCUUCCUCUUCCGCUUCUUCUUCUCUCCUUCAUAUAGCGUUUGCUCUGCUGAAUCCGCCGAAAAGACAUCUUCUCCUGCGUCCUUGUUGUCCGUCACCCAGCGGGUUCUGGCUUGGCACGUUCGCUCCAGCGGCCCGACUACGUAA